AUGGCAUCAGGAGCGGUGAAAUUCGAGAGUCGGGAAUUUGUGGGACUGUCAGUGAAGGCAGUGAAGGUUGUGAAGGUUGUGAAGGUUGUGAAGGUUGUGAAGGUUGUGAAGGUUGUGAAGGUUGUGAAGGUUGUGAAGGUUGUGAAGGUUGUGAAGGUUGUGAAGGUUGUGAAGGUUGUGAAGGUUGUGAAGGUUGUGAAGGUUGUGAAGGUUGUGAAGGUUGUGAAGGUUGUGAAGGUUGUGAAGGUUGUGAAUACUCAGUUGUGUGGCGCCAAGUCAGUGUAG